AUGCCCGACCCAAAGCCAGGAGGACAGGCAGAAGCAGCUGGCCUGCGCGUGCCUCGACCGGGUCGACCCGGAGCGGCCCGUGGUCGUCCCGGGCGUGCUGGAGCAGCACGAGGCUCACGCGCUGGCGGCCUCCGACGCCGACCUCACGGCCGCGGCCGCGCAGCGGGCCGCGGAGCUGUUCGCGCUGGGCUGGCCCUACGCCUUCGGCGCGCUGCUGCGAGCCCUUUCGCCUUUGACGCCAAGGAGGUGAUCGAGCCGACGGAGGCGGUGCUGUGGGAGGCUGGGCUCCUGGCCGGGCCGCCCGAGCAGAGGCCCUUUGCCGUCGCCGUCCAUAUCCGCAGGCCCGAGGUGAGGCCAGGGAUCCGCACUUCGACACACCUGCGGGAGGCCGCUCCGCAGACCGCCUGGAGGGGCGCCGAGGAGCUCCUGGCGCGCGCCGGCCCGCGGGCGCCGGGCGCCGGGGCGCCCUGCGCCCUGCUGCUGGCCGCGGACAGCGCCGCGGCGGCCGGCGUGCUGCGGCCCCUGGCGGAGGCCCGGCGGUGCCGGCUCGUGACCUCGAGGUACGGGGAUCCAGCCAGGAGUUGGAGCCCGGAGCACGGGGAGCAG